AUGCUUCAUCGUGCUCUUAGUGUGCUUAGUUGCUUGGCUGUACUGCAAGUCAAUACUGCAUCUACUCAAUGCAUUCCGGAGUGCCCAAUGGAUUCCAUACCUGGAGGGAGUGUUCAGGUGCUCACAUUGAGUCCUGGAGAGCACAGAGUUCUCUGCUUUAACUACCAGUACUACAAAUUGGCAGAUGAAAAGCAUGUUACAUUAUUCGACAAUGACGAAGAGUUCUGUUCAACUGCUGAUGAUUUUUUUGAGUCUGGCCCCUCCGAUGUUCCUGGCAUAGAGUGCAGUGUCUUCGAUAUGAACACAACUAACUCUCCUUGUAGCCACUUUGCUGUUGCAGUCAGGUGUGAGUGGUCUGAGGACAAUAAAAGUAUUUUGUCAUUCUCUGGGCAAGAUAAUGAAGAUAAAAGUAUUUUGUCAUCCUCUGGGCAAGAUAAUGAAGAUUCUGAUAUUAAAAGUACUGCACUGGGUACUAAAGAAUAUUUGGGGCUGGCUCUACAACUGGAGAGCACUAAUAUUUCGUUAACUGGGUAUGAGAGGUGCAAUGUCAUUCUGAACGUUUCAUGGGAAAAUGUUGAAUGCAAUAUAAAAGAAAUUCAUCUAGCACCCACUGACGUUUGUUCUGGGAUUGGCAGAGUCAUUUCUGCAGUAGGUACUAACACCUCAUGGUUUGUAGUAGAAAAUUUGGCUAUUAAUGAUAUCGGAGAAGAUGUCAUUCUAAUUGGGGGGUCAACACCAUUUUGUGAGCAACAGAGUAUUAAUGCUAGUUUAGAUGGUGUUGGUUUGCUCUGUGAAGUAGUGAGUGGCAAUUCAACAUUUAUUCGAAGUGCUGGAAUUAACAGGACUGAUCUAAACUCAUCUGUCAGUUACCUAGCAUUCAGGUGUUCCGGCGACUGGAACAAAGUUAAUGUCGGUGAAGCGAGGAUAAUCUUUCAACGCAAUCUCACCAAUACACUCAACAGCCAAUGUCAGUCACGUAGUGCGUCUAGACCCUUCUACAGCCGCUAUGCAUCUUUCCCGGUGCAGUGGACACAUAAUGACUCAAUUUUGGAAUCUAGCUUGUGUGACCAAGUGAAUUUCAACCUGUGUCUCCAGAUGUGCACUGAUGAUGUUGUGUCUAAUGGAGCUCUCUGUGACACACUCGUAAAAAACAUAUUGGAUUCUGGGGACUUGAACCUUAAUGGCUCAAUGGUAGUCCUGUCCAUUCUGUGGAGCUUGAGUAACGCAUCGGAUGUGCAGUCCCUGGCCAGAGCUGUGAGGAUCAUUGAGUCUCUGACUAAAUCCUACGAAACAAGCAACCUGACGCUGUUUCAAAAUGGAGGAAUUAUGCCUCUCCUGGACAAAAUUCUCAACAAUCAAAGUGUUUGGAAACUAUUGCAACAGCGUAACUCAAUGAAUGGGGAAAACAGUGCAUCCUCGGCCUUGCUGGCAGGAAUGGAGCAGCUUUUGAGCAUGGCUGGGAGAAAAGUAACUGACCAGCCGUUCCAGUUUGUUGGAACAAAUAUCCUCUCACUGAUAGAGCGAGUGACACCACAGGCCAUAAAGGAUGGAUACUACACAGCAUACUUCCCACAAAUGAAUAGUGAUGAACCAAAGAAUUUUGUCCUAAUACCAGUGCAGUUGCUGUGUGCACAAACUCUAGGCAAUAUAGACUGUUCUUCUUCUGUGGCUACUGCACUGGUCCAAGCUCUACCACUCUAUUUGGAUCAAAUUUCAAACAUCCAAACUGAACUGUUUGUAAACUCCCGUCUGUUGAUGCUGACUGUACCAGAUCAAGCCAAUUCUGCCUUUCCUAUUAAGGAGUAUCCUGUCGAAUUACACCUUAAUCCGAUGUCAGUUAAUGGAACAAUAGUGAUGAAUCAUUCGUGCAUGUUUUGGGACUUCAAUAUCAGUCACUGGUCUGCCACAGGGAUUACUACUAGGGUUUCACCUGAUGGGACGUACAUCUGCACAACCACUCACUUGACUUCCUUUGCUGUUCUUGUUGGCUUGACACCACCUGACAAUAAUGUGACUGCAACGGUUGAAGAUAAAGCUCUCAGUGUAAUGUCUUACGUAGGCUCUGGUAUUUCUCUUCUCUGUCUCAUUUUAUCUUUGCUGAUACUCGUAACUUGCGGCAAACGCUUAAACAAAGGAAUUCUUUUAUACAUUCAUAUCAACUUCUGUCUGUCACUGUGCUUAGCCCUGGUAGUGUUCAUUGCAGGCAUCGAGAGUGUAGUUAGUAUCAAGUUACUGUGUACAGUGGUAGCUGUUGCAUUGCAUUACCUUUUUCUGUGUGUCUUUUGUUGGAUGCUUGCUGAAGGGAUCAUGCUAUACAUCCUGGUAGUCAAGGUGUUUGGAAAACUUGCAACGAGAUGGUACUAUUUUCUGCUUGUAGGUUGGGGUUUGCCCAUUCCUAUUGUUGCGGUAUCAGUUGGGAUUCAGCAUGAUCUGUAUGGAACAGACCGAUUUUGCUGGCUGUCUACGGAGAGUGGAACAAUCUGGGCUUUUGUUGGUCCCAUGCUACUGAUUGUGUGUGUUAACAGUGUGUUUUUGGUACUAACUGUGUGUAAUCUGCUACACAGUAGAAAGUAUGGAGGAGCAGAGAGGGGCGUCAACACCACACAGCUAGUCAGGUCUGCCAUUAAGACCAUUGCGAUUCUCUUGCCUCUUCUUGGUCUGACUUGGGUACUGGGAAUUUUCGCAGUCAAUAAAAAUACUACAGUAUUUGCAUGGAUGUUCACAGUGUGCAACUCCUUACAGGGUUUCCUUUUCUUUGUCCUUCAUAUUUUAAGAAAUGAGCAGGUGAGUAAGGUGCUAAAAAGGGUAGUCUGCUGCUUGACUUCCUCCAAAGCACGUCGAUUGACCACAGCAAAGGACAUUUCUAUAAAUGUUACAACUGGUACCACUUCAAACGCAAUAAGCAUGAUUGGCUCACCAUACAGAGAAGAUAAUGAAAAUGGGUUUGCAAGCCAAAGCUACAGUCAAACUUCUACAGAAAGCAGUAGUUUAUCGACAACAGACUGUUGAACUUUCAUCUUCAAUUUAUGCAAUGCACUUUCACUUUGUUAGUAAUAACAAUAAAAACACGUUGUCAGUGUUUUUCAACUGUUUAGAUCUACUGUAAACUUUUUUAAUCAUAAUUAUUUUGCUUGAUAUAUCGAUCAGCCAUAAUUAUUUGAAGAUUGCAGAAGUUAAAUGAUAUCAUAACUGCAUGUGCAUUUUAUCUGUCUGCCUUUCUUGACAGGUAUCGAUUGUGUAUGUGGAAGUAUAAUUAUAGUUUUAUUUACUCUGGACUU